CAGAAAUUAUCUCAGGUUCGAGUGGUGGGUUUCACGUGUGCUGCCUGUGUGUUUCCUUGCCUCGAUAAGUUAAAGUUUCAAGUAUGUUGAGUGGGUAACUAUGUUAGAGACCUUUUGAUUCUAAGACGAGAACGACUAAUCACGGAAAAUACCGCUCACGCGUGAAUCAAGCUUUUAAUUUCAUAUCAUAUAGGUUGGGUGCCUUAUAAUAAUCUGCCAAAUUUGCUCUAUCUUGUUUUUCGAAGAUUAUCCGCGGCAGCAAAAAUGUCGAGCAAACUUGAAAACAACACAGCUCUGUGAAAACAUGUAUCUUGAAUAGCAGUGUUCUAUUCUCAACUCAAAAUUCAAGGUUCCGGCGUCCUUAUUUAACAGUACACACUAACGCCGUUACAUCUCAAACCAAAAUUGUAAGAAAAAACAGCAUGCAUAACACUCAUACUUGAUAAACUGUUCACAGUAGUAUAACUUUGGCGGGAUAACGUGAUAGCCAUCGUCACUCUACUAGGCGUUUUAACUAGAAUGCCGUAGUGGGAAAAACAAGAUAUCAAAUAAUGGAAUUUUUAUCAUUUUGCGAUUUGGAGAAUGUUUAACCUCCUAAAAAUAACCAUGCUAACUAUUCUGGUGAAAAAUUUUUUUUUUUUUUUUUUUCAGGUAGCUUUCUGAGGUGUAUAUUUUUGGAGAAUACAUGAAAAAGUUUCAAGUCAAAUCUUGUUCUCGAAUAUAAAGUUUUGUCUAGAAACUGUCUACAGCUGAUGUAAGAUGUUGUGACAUUUUAAGAAGGGUUUAAACUCGUCUAGACAUCGUCUUGUUCUGAAAAGAUUGAAUUUGUUUGAUCCUUUCUCUUAACUUCUUUUAACCUCGCGCUUGCGUAGUUUAUCUAAUUUUUUGCUUUUAAUGUUGCGCGUGGAGCACCAUGGGCACGAAAAACUGGUAUGUAUCCCUUCCGCAAAAUUUUGGUUGUCACGUGGCCGUCUCUACGUGCCUUCGUCCGAACAUUUCUCACACAGGUCAACCAAUCUGCCAUGACACGUACACUUACCCAGACAUGCUAAGUUAUUUAGAGAAUAUUGUUAGGAUUUGACUCGUCAUUAUUUUAUCAUAUUUAUCACAUUUAUCUAACUGAUAGAUUCUACUCCUGGAUGAAUGCAGUCAAAUGACAGAGCCAGCCUCUCUUCUACCCAUGGCCAGGUGAUGUUCUGGAACAAAUCUUUGAUCUUUAUUCGUAUCCUAGAUGGACAAAGAAGAUGAAACCUGUACUUUUGCAGAAGAACCUUACUGAAUGUAUUUAGUCUGCGUUUACUUCUUGUGGUUAAUCCACGUUUUCAAUAACAGUUUUUCUUUCCAUUUAGAUUUGAAUGUCAGAAACUUGUCCUGGUUGGUGACCCAAAAGUAAGUGGAUUGAAUAACUUGUUCUACGGUGACCAUAAAGGCCGCCAUCCUUCACUCUAUCCAACAUUCCCGCUCAAGGUCCUCCCGGGGGCCUCUUUCCUAUUCGAUUCUCCCUUCAAUCACUUACAGGACAAGAUCACCAUGCCAUAG